UGCCAUGCAGGAGCUCGUCGGCAUCGGUGAAGACGGCAGACAUGGAGUUUGUGGAAGUGUUUGACUCUCCAGGGAAAGGAAGGGGUCUGCGGGCCAUCAGAGAGGUUUGGGCCGGAGACGUUCUGUUCGCUGAACCGCCUUUCGCUUCAGUUGUGUUUGACAGUCACGCCGCCAGCGUCUGUCACAGCUGUUUCCGGCGGCAGGAGAAGCUGCAGCGCUGCGGUCAGUGCAGGUUUGCACAGUACUGUGAUAAAACCUGUCAGCGUGCCGCCUGGGAAGAGCACAAGCAGGAGUGUGCUGCUGUCAAGAGCUACGGCAAAGUGCCCAAUGAAAACGUCCGUCUCGCCGCUCGCAUCUUGUGGCGUCUGGAUAAGCAGGGAAGCGUGGUCUCCGACACGCAGCUGGCCGCGCUGGAGGAGCUGGAGGACCACAUCUACGACAUCUCCGAAGACGACCUCAAGGACUUCAAAGUCGACAUACACAACUUCCUAGACUACUGGCCUCGUUCCAGCAAACCACACACAGUGGACAGCGUCUCCAAAAUGCUCGGAGUGAUCAACUGUAACGGGUUUAUGGUGAGCGAUCAGCGAGGGCUGCAGGCCGUCGGCGUCGGCUUGUUCCCGAACCUGUGUCUGGUCAAUCACGACUGCUGGCCCAACUGCACCGUCGUCCUCAACAACGGCAAUCAGUCGGCUGUCGAUACUAUGUAUCACUCUCAGAAGAGAAUUGAGCUGCGAGCGCUGGGAAAGAUCAGCCCUGGAGAAGAAGUGACCGUGUCGUACGUGGACUAUCUGAACCUGUCUGAAGAUCGCAGGCGUCUGCUGAAGCAGCAGUAUUUCUUCGACUGCACCUGCGAACACUGCACCAACAAAACCAAAGACGAGCUGAAGAUGGCCGGAGCCGUGGUGGAGGGAGAUAAGGUGCCAGAAGAAACGGUGAAAGAAAUCACAGAAUACAGCCGGACGAUGCUGGAAAAGAUGGAAAAGGCCCGGAUAGAAGCGAACUACAACGAGGUGGUGAAGAUCUGCCGCGAGUGUGUGGAGAAGCAGGAGAACGUUCUCGCCGACACACACAUUUAUCAGCUGCGCAUGUGGAGCACGCUCAGCGAGGUGCUGUCCUACCUGCAGUUCUUUGAGGAGGCCUCAACAUACGCACGCAAGAUGGUGGAGGGAUACUUGAAACUGUACCAUCCCAAUAAUGCUCAGCUGGGAAUGGCCACAAUGAGGGCCGGCGUGACGCACUGGCAGGCCGGCUUCAUCGAGAUCGCUCACGGCAUGAUCUGCAAAGCCUACGCUAUCCUGAUGAUCACCCACGGCCCGACACACCCCAUCACCAAAGACCUGGAGGCCAUGCGCAUGCAGACGGAGAUGGAGCUGCGCAUGUUCAAGCAGAACGAGUAUGUGUAUCACACCAUGCGCGAGGCGGCGCUGAAGAACCAGCCCAUUAGGAUGAUGGCAGAACCGGCCACCGAGAGCAUCAAGAACCUGUUUCGCAGAAAGUGACCGAACACGACACUGUGACAAACACGCUCAGGUCGACACUAUACACUCACAUCUAUGCAGACGCUUUCAAUCAGAAAGAGGAACAAAAGCAGCAAUAUUCAGAAUAAACGCUCUUAAAAAUAAAGGUGCUUCACG